GCGCGUGCUGAGCAGGUCCUUCGUCCGGCGCCUGUGGAGAGCCGGCGGGCAAACCUGGGUUGAAAUAGCGUCCCCCGCACUCCCGCUGCAGGCGGCUACAUACAUGUCGUACUCCAUCCCCAGUCUUGACUGUUACACACAUGUACCCCUCCGUUCCCAUCCAGGAGCUCCCUCCCCAGUCUCUUGAAGGAAGUGCCUCCCCCAGCCCCAUUGAGCUGUAGGUCAGAGGAAGGUGGGAUGAGGCACGGCGUGUGCUCGGGGCGGGAUGUGGAGAGACACGAAGGGAGAUGGGAGCUUCUGUUGGGGAGAGACGCUCAGAGGAUCCCUGGGCUGCAUAAACAAGGAAAGCAGGAGUCCAUCUAGACUAAGCUGGAAGGAUUUCACCUUGUUGCUGUUUGUUUGGGGAGAUUUUCCCUCCCUCCCCCGGCCUCGGACACUAUCCAGCUGAGGGCUUGUUUCAUUGCUGCGUCCACAGCCGGCUAGGAGUAGUGAGCUUUACAUGUUAGAGGUGAUUUUUGUGAUCUCCCUGCAAGAGCGAGCUCAGCACUAGUCUUCGAGGAGGAGGGAGAUGUGAUCAACUGAGGUUUUCCCUACCUCCGGCUGAACGUGAGAGUUCAAGUGACAUCGGCACUGGCCUGUGGCUGACUGACUGCACAGCGAGCUGGAAUCACAGCCAGAGCUGCUCAGUUUACCUGGUCGAGGACCCUUCAAACCCUUCUAUUGACGGUAGAGAUUUGUAUCCAAAGGAAAAUCGGAUUAAUAUAAACUAUGCAGAGCUUUGCAGGGAUAUCUGGAGACUAUCCUGUCUGCAUGGCUAAUCUUGAAAUUGUCUGAAGUAAAUCCUUAGCGCAAGGAAUAGCGAGACACUUUCAAUUAGUUUCGUGGGUUUGGGGGUUUUGUUUUUUUUUUUCCUCGGUGCCCUUUCCCCCACCCCCCUCUUCUUUCUUCUACGAGAAUUUAACACUUCUGUCGCAAGGCUUUUGCAGGAGGAUGGGACACAUGCUGGAAAACUCACCACGCUUCAUGAAAGCCGCGGGGGUAACAGUUUCCAUCAUCGUUGCGGUAUGAAAGGUACUCUUUGGAUUGUCUGCUGGUGGCUAAGAUGGAUCAGUCUCUUUCUGUUUCUGUUCGCGAUGUGCUGAAGGAUCCGGAUUUACUGAAACACUAACGCCCAUAAACUUACUCCCUCUCUGCUGAAAGCAUUGGAUGUGACAGUGCAGAGAAACAUGUGUUUCACAUUUCUGACUGGUUGUUUUGGUGCAAUCAAUGCCUCCACGAGAAAUACUGACUUAGGUGGCGAUGAUCAUACCGGGAGGCACACGGAGGGCUGCCUUCGGGUUGCAUGCAAAGUGAGCACAAAUCAAGGAGCCCGCCUUUCCUGUGAAGUGGGGGCUUUAGUUCCCCCUAAACUCCGGGGCAAAGGCAGCAGACGAUGUGCCCACCCCACCGCAGAGCGCCCGGCUGCGGGGUGCGGAAUGAGCAAUGACCGGAGCGCUGUCAGGAGUGGCAGGCACAAGGAUCGGAUGGGGAUCAGUGAGGCAAUAACGGUUGAAAAGAAGGUGGAUCGCGAAAUCAUUGCCCGAAGGAAUAGCAAGCGAGGCGGAAUGAUGAUAAAGUUAAACUUCUGCUUCAUCUUCUGUCGGGGAUGGUGGGCGUUUCUGUUGCUUCAGCUCCACAUGUUGCAAGCACUGGCACAAGGUGAUGUUGCACCAUACUUCAAGACCGAGCCAGGCUUGCCCCAGAUACACUUGGAAGGAAAUCGACUUGUGCUUACGUGCCUUGCCGAAGGCAGCUGGCCCUUGGAAUUCAAGUGGUUGCACAAUGACAGUGAAAUAACCACCUACUCGAGUGAAUAUAAGUACAUCAUCCCAGCUUUACAGAGGUCUGAUGCUGGCUUUUAUCAGUGCGUUGUACGAAACAGGAUGGGUGCACUGCUGCAAAGAAGAUCUGAAGUUCAAGUGGCAUACAUGGGAAACUUCAUGGACACAAACCAGAGAAAAACAGUGACAGAAGGAGAAGCUGCAGUCCUGAACUUCCUACAGAUAGUCAGCUAUCCAAGGCCACAAGUGACAUGGUUUAGAGACGGGCACAAGAUUAUACCAAGCAGCAGAAUAGCAAUCACAUUGGAAAAUCAGCUGGUCAUCCUUGCAACAUCAGUGACCGAUGAAGGAGGCUACUACGUCCAGGCAGUCAAUGAAAAGAACGGGGAGAACAAGACAAGUCCGUUUAUUCAUCUUGGUGUUGCAAGUGCCAUAGACCCGUCUGACACUGUGGCUCCUGUCAUUGUCAUCCCUCCACAGAACACCAGUGUUGUAGCAGGGAGCAGUGAAGUCAUGCUGGAGUGUGUGGCCAAUGCAAGACCUCUGGAGAGACUAAGCAUGACCUGGAAAAGAAAUGGAGUAAAAAUAACCAGUGGCAUUAGCAGUUUUGGAAGACGACUCACCAUCGCCAACCCAACCUCUGCUGAUGUGGGGAUGUACCUCUGUGAAGCCAAACUGAGAAACAGCACAGAAGAACCUGCAAGAGCAAAAGCCUUCCUUUCUAUAAUGGAACCACCUUAUUUUACGGCUGAACCUGACAGCAUGAUUCUGGCUGAAGUGGAGAAAGACGUGGACAUCCUGUGCCAGGCAAUGGGUGUUCCCCUUCCCACCCUGGUCUGGUAUAAGGACUCUGUUCCCCUCAGCAAGCUGGAAAAUCCUCGCUACAAAGUUCUGCUCAGUGGUGGACUAAAGAUCCAUGCUCUGCGUCCUCAGGAUGCUGGAAUCUUCCAGUGUUUUGCUAGUAAUAAGGCUGGGGAGAUACAGACAUACACCUACCUGGAUGUGACUAACAUUAAACCAGAAUUUAUACAGCCCCCAGAGGAUACCACUGUGACCGAGGGGAUGACCGCAGUGCUAACCUGUAAAGUUUCAGGGGCUCCAAAACCUGCCAUCACGUGGAAAAAAGGAAACCAGAUCUUAGCCAGUGGCUCGGUUCAGAUUCCUCGGUUCAUCCUUCUUGAGUCUGGAGGGCUCCAGAUAACACCCGUGUUCCUCCAGGAUGCUGGCAAUUAUACUUGCUGUGCAGUCAACUCUGAAGGAGCUCUGAAUGCUUUUGUGAUGCUGACAGUGUGGAAUCGCACUUCCAUUGUUCAGCCUCCUGAGAAUAGCACUGUGAUCAAAGGAACCACAGCCACUCUGCGCUGCGAAGCCACUCAUGAUCCCAGAAUUUCAAUCAGGUACCUUUGGAAGAAGGACAGUGUUGUGAUAAACCCAUCCAGCAGUUCCAGGAUCACAGUGGAGAAAGAUGGAACCCUCUUCAUCAGCCAGACAUGGUCAGGUGACAUUGGAGACUACACCUGUGAGGUCAUUUCUUUUGGAGGAAACGACUCCAGAAUGGCUCGACUAGAAGUGAUUGAACUGCCUCAUCCCCCUCAGAAUCUUCUGGCCACUCUGAAUUCCUCCUAUAGCCGCAGCGUGAUGCUUUCCUGGGUGCGCCCCUUUGAUGGAAACAGCCCUGUACUCUACUACAUGGUCGAGCUCUCUGAGAACAAUUCUCCCUGGAAGGUUCACCUAUCAAAUCUUGACCCAAAGGUGACCGGUGUCACUGUGAGUGGACUAACCCCAGCCCGAACCUACCAGUUUAGGGUGUGUGCAGUUAACCAGGUGGGAAAGGGCCAGUACAGCUCUGAGACCAGCAGGUUGAUGCUACCCGAGGAGCCCCCCAGUGCUCCACCUAAAAACAUAGUGGCCAGUGGACGCACCAAUCAGUCCAUCAUGGUCCAGUGGCAGCCUCCUCCUGAGAGUGAGCAUAAUGGAGUUCUUCAUGGGUACAUCCUAAGGUAUCGCCUGGCUGGCCUCCCUGGGGAGUACCAAUAUAAGAACAUCACCAGUGCAGAAAUUAACUACUGCUUAGUGAAAGACCUGAUCAUUUGGACCCAGUAUGAAAUCCAGGUGGCGUCAUACAAUGGAGCUGGGCUGGGAGCAUUCAGCAGACCUGUGACAGAGUACACCUUGCAGGGAGUGCCUACAGCUCCACCGCAGAAUGUGCAAGUCGAAGCUGUGAACUCCACCACCAUCCAGUUCCUCUGGAACCCUCCACCCCAACAGUUCAUCAAUGGCAUUAACCAAGGGUACAAGCUUCUAGCAUGGCCAGUGGAUGCUCCAGAGGCACUGACUGUGGUCACCAUUGCUCCUGAUUUCCAUGGUGUUCACAGCGGCUGCAUCACCAACCUGAAGAAAUACACAACUUACUACACAUCAGUUCUGUGUUUCACCACGCCUGGUGAUGGACCACGAAGCACACCCCAGCUCCUGCGCACCCUUGAAGACAAGCCGGGAGCGGUGGGACACCUGAGUUUCACUGAGAUUCUGGACACGUCUCUCAAGGUCAGCUGGCAAGAACCUGUGGAGAAAAAUGGCAUCAUUACAGGGUACCAGAUCUCCUGGGAGGUGUACAGCAGGAACGAGUCUCGGCUCGCCCGCACACUACCCAACACGACGCUGGAGUACAAGAUCACAGGGCUGGCCUCUCUCACCACAUACACCAUCGAGGUGGCCGCUGUGACCGCAAAAGGGAGCGGAUGGGUCACGUCCUCCACCAUCUCAUCUGGUGUGCCCCCAGAACUUCCAGGUGCUCCAUCCAACCUGGUGAUUUCCAACAUCAGCCCUCGCUCUGCCACGCUUCAGUUCCGGCCGGGGUAUGAUGGCAAAACUUCCAUCUCCAAGUGGAUAGUUGAAGGCCAGGUUGGUGUACUGGGUGAUGAAGAAGAGUGGGUAAACCUUCAUGAGGUGGAGAAUGAACGUGAUGCUCAGAUGCUGGAAGUACCCAACCUUACUCCUUAUACUCAUUACAGGUUCCGCAUGCGGCAGGUGAACGUGGUGGGUCCCAGCCCGCUCAGCCAGCCCUCCCGUGUCAUCCAGACAUUGCAGGCUCCACCAGACGUUGCUCCUGGGAGCGUCACCGUGCGCACGGCCAGCGAGACCAGUCUGUGGCUGCGAUGGGUGCCUCUCCCUGACACGCAGUAUAACGGCAAUCCAGAGUCGGUGGGGUACAGGAUAAAGUUCUGGCGUGUGGACCUGCAGUCUCCCACCCUGACAAAGGUUGUCAAUGACCGAUUGGCGAGAGAGUACACAGUUGAAGAUCUGGAGGAGUGGACAGAGUAUGAGCUGCAGAUCCAAGCUUUCAAUGCCAUCGGGGCAGGACCGUGGAGUGAAGUAGUGAGAGGUCGUACGCGGGAGUCCGUUCCUUCUGCUCCUCCUGAGAACAUCUCUGCCGAAGCUGUGAGUUCAACCCAGAUCCUUCUGACAUGGGCUGCAGUCCCUGAGUCUGAGCAGAAUGGUCUCAUCCUGGGUUACAAGAUACUUUUCAAAGCGAAAGAUGUAGGCUCUGAACCAAAGAGCCAAAUAGUAAGAGGGAACCACACUCAGUCUUGCCUGCUGUCUGGCUUGAGGAAAUACAUGCUCUACGAGAUCCAGGUACUGGCAUUCACUCGUAUUGGAGACGGAGUCCCCAGCUCUCCUGCAGUUAUGGAGAGAACCAAAGAUGAUGCCCCUGGGCCACCGGUGAGACUGGUAUUCCCCGAGGUGAGGCUGACAUCUGUACGGAUUGUUUGGCAGCCGCCGGAGGAGCCCAAUGGAAUCAUUCUGGGGUAUCAGAUUGCCUACCGCCUGGCCAGCAGCAGCCCCAACAAGUUCACAACAGUGGAAGUUGGCUCAACAGUCAGGCAGUUUACUGCUACAGAUCUCACCCCUGAGUCAGCAUACAUCUUCCGGACAUCUGCCAAGACCAGGCAGGGCUGGGGGGAGCCUCUGGAAGCCACAGUGAUCACAACAGAAAAAAGAGAACGACCAGCACCUCCCAGGCUGGUGGUGACUCCGCAGAGUGAUGUGUCAUCACGGAGCCUGCUCUUGAAGUGGGUCCCUGGAAGUGAUGGAUCUUCACCAAUACGCUAUUUCACUGUGCAAGUGCGAGAGCUGCCAAACGGAGACUGGCAAACCUACUCCUCUUCCAUCAGCCACGAGGCAACCUCCUGCAUUAUUGAAAGCUUGAACCCCUUCACCUCUUACAAACUGCGAGUGAAAGCAACCAAUGACAUCGGAGACAGUGACUUCAGCGCGGAGACUGAGGCCGUCACAACUCUGCAGGAUGUUCCAGGUGAACCACCCAGUUCUGUGUUAGUAACUCCCCACACCACUUCAUCUGUCCUUGUGCAGUGGCAGCCCCCCAAAGUUGAGAGUCUAAACGGUUUGCUGCUGGGCUACCGGAUCUACUAUCGGGAGCUGGAUUACGACACUGGACCUGGAACAGAAUCCAAAACCAUCCAAAACCCUUCAGCUUUAAGAGCAGAGCUCACACCCCAAAGCAGCUUCAAGACAGUGAACAGCAGCUCUGCAUUAACGACGUAUGAAUUAACACAGUUGAAGAAAUACAAGAGAUAUGAAGUACUGAUGACAGCAUAUAAUGUCAUUGGUGAGAGCCCCACCAGCACACCCGUGGAAGUGUUUGUGGGUGAAGCAGCACCAGCACUGGCCCCACAGAACAUCCAAGUAAACUCCCUUUCUGCAAGCCAGCUAGAGCUCACCUGGGACCCUCCUCCUGCCGACAGCCAAAAUGGGAACAUCCAAGGCUACAAGAUUUAUUACUGGGAGAGUGACGCCCAAAAUGACACAGAGAAAGUGAAGGUCCUUUUCCUCCCGGAGACGACCGUCCGUCUGAAAAACCUGACCAGCCACACGCGGUACAUGGUCUGCAUCUCCGCCUUCAACGCAGCUGGGGACGGCCCCAGGAGCAGCCCCUCGCAGGGCAGGACGCACCAGGCAGCACCCAGUGCUCCCAGCUUCUUGGCCUUCUCUGAAAUCACUUGCACUACACUCAAUGUGUCUUGGGGUGAGCCGACAGCAGCAAAUGGAGUCCUGCAGGGAUAUCGAGUAGUCUACGAGCCUUUGGCUCCCGUCCAGGGGGUAAGUAAGGUGGUGACUGUGGACAUCAAAGGGAACUGGCAGCGCUGGUUGAAGGUCCGAGAUCUCACCAAGGGCAUGACCUAUUUAUUCAGAGUGCAAGCCCGAACCAUCGCCUACGGUCCUGAACUGCAAGCCAACGUCACAGCUGGGCCAGCAGAAGGGUCACCUGGCUCCCCUCAGGAAAUUCUGGUGACAAAAUCUGCUUCUGGACUGACUCUUCAAUGGACUGAGGGAGAUGCAGGAGAAAAACCUACAACGGGCUACAUUAUAGAGGCACGGCCCUCAGAUGAAGGGCUGUGGGACAUGUUUGUGAAGGACAUCCCUCGCAGUGCUACCUCCUACACGGUUGGCCUGGACAAACUCAAGCAGGGUGUGACCUAUGAAUUUCGGGUGGUGGCCGUCAAUGAAUUUGGCUAUGGAGAACCAAGUGCUUCUUCUGUACCAGUAUCAGCACAAACAGAAGCCCCUUUCUAUGAGGAGUGGUGGUUUUUGCUGGUGAUGGCUCUCUCAAGUCUGAUUCUUAUCCUUCUGGUGGUGUUUGCAUUGGUCCUGCAUGGCCAGAGCAAGAAGUACAAGAACUGCAGCACAGGUAAAACAAUCUCCAACGUGGAAGAGUCAGUCACCCUGGAUAACGGAGGCUUCACUGCUCUGGAGCUCAACAGCAGGCACCUGAACAUCAAGAGCACCUUCUCAAAGAAGAAUGGAACCAGAUCUCCUCCUCGCCCAAGCCCAGGGGGGCUGCACUACUCUGAUGAGGAUAUCUGCAACAAGUACAACGGAGCUGUGCUGAGCGAGGGCUUGGGCCUGAGUGAAAAGCCCUUGGAAGUGUCAGAGUCAGAGGCUGCAAACCUGGAGCGCUUCUGGGAAAACAUCUCUGUGCUGCAAAGUAACCAGCUGGCUCCAGCUGCUGUCUGGAUGGGGUUGAAGGCCACUGACUCGGAUUACGAAGACGAGUUGCCAAAGCACUCCUUUGUGAACCACUACAUGAGUGACCCCACGUACUACAACUCCUGGAAGCGGCAGCAGAAAGGGGUGAAGCACCCAACAGCCUACAGAUACGAGGAGUGUGCUGCCAGCGAGGCAGAGCCCUAUUUCCAGACUGUCAUCACGACACAGAGCUCAGGAGGGGUGUACACCCCAACGGGGCAGCCCGCGCCCGGGUCCAGGACUCCAGUGACAGGGUUCUCCUCCUUCGUCUGAGACGGGGCUGGAGGCGACAGCCGAACCGCCCGCGACACCGGGAGAGCCCCGUGGCAGUGACUGUGUGUGCGUGAGCGGUGCGGUGAACUGUGGGGAGCUUCUCUAUCAGGGUAGAAGCGGGACUGGGGGAACAUGGAUGAGGCUGGGGUGGUUUGGUGUUUGGCUUUUUUCAGAAGACAAUCAACUGGGAAACCAUGGAGCUGAACUAGCUGAACCUUUGCUUAAAAAGGACAGGACAACACCAACAGCAAGGGCAACAACAGAGGCGUUCUGGAAAGUGAGGAUUUUAACCACUUGUGAAUAGUAAGGGUUUUUUUUAAACUGCUUUUUGUAACACUGCUUCAGGAAGCAGCUCCCAUGCCCUUCUCUUCCCUCUUUCUUUCUCUCCCCUGUUCUUGUCUCCCCAUUCCCAAACAAGGAGGUGAAUUCCCUAGAUGCAAUGAGUGACUUUGUGAUGUGAUUUGAAGAGAAACGUAAAACCUCCCAGGCUCCUUUUUCUCCA